CAAGGACGUCUGACGUUUAAUAGCAUUACAUUAAUAUGAAGUUAUUCACUCACAAUAUGCUCACGUCUAGAUGUUUAAAAGGCGUUUUGAGUGGUUAUCCACUGGAGUUGAUAGCUACAAAUGUACAAAUACGCGAAAUUGAAUUUAAACCAGAAUUCAUUAUUAAAAUGAUUUCGAAAUUAGAUUGGAAUGUCUUUGUUGAUACAGCUAACAAACUAGGUUAUGGGACUGAACUACCUAAAUCCAAUCCUCCAGAAAAUUUUAAUAAAGAUGAUGAGUUUUUAAAAAAAGUUCAUCAUGCUUUGUUUGAGGUAGAUGUUGAAGAGGGUGAAUUAAUAUGUCCAGAAACAAAAAGAAAGUUCCCUAUUACUAAAGGAAUUCCAAAUAUGCUUAUUAAUGAAAGUUAAAAUUUAUAUGGUGUCAAUUUUGCUAAAUAUAUGACUUUAAUGAAGUUUUGAUAUAUAAAUAGUCAUAAUUGAUAGUUAUUAUAUUAUAAUAAAUAUAUUAUAUACUAUAGUAAUAUUUCUCAAAUAUCUCAAACUUUUCAAGUUAAAUAUGUGAUUGGAAUACCAUUUUUAUUGCCAUCAUCAAAUAAA